AUUUUCCAGUCUGUUUCUGGUGGCUGAUCCAGAAGGAUGCCUCAGUUCCUGCUUCUCACCUGCCUCUUCAUCACAAUCACACCUGUGUCACCAAGGGCGCUAGAUCCUUGUUCUGCUUACAUCAGUCUGAAUGAGCCCUGGAGAAACACUGACCACCAAUUCGAUGAGUCUCAAGGUCCACCUCUGUGUGACAACCAUGUGGAUGGGGAGUGGUACCGCUUCACCGGCAUGGCAGGGGAUGCCAUGCCCACCUUCUGCAUACCAGAAAACCACUGUGGAACCCAUGCACCUGUCUGGCUCAAUGGCAGCCACCCUCUAGAAGGUGAUGGCAUUGUGCAACGCCAGGCCUGUGCCAGCUUCAAUGGGAACUGCUGCCUCUGGAACACCACGGUGGAGGUGAAGGCUUGCCCUGGAGGCUACUACGUGUAUCGUCUGACCAGGCCCAGUGUCUGCUUUCAUGUCUACUGUGGUCAUUUUUAUGACAUCUGCGAUGAGGACUGCCAUGGCACCUGCUUGGAUACCAGUGAGUGCACGUGCUCUCCAGGAACCGUGCUAGGCCCCGACAGGCAGACAUGCUUUGAUGAAAAUGAAUGUGAGCAAAACAAUGGUGGCUGCAGUGAGAUCUGUGUCAACCUCAAAAAUUCCUAUCGCUGUGAGUGUGGGGUUGGCCGUGUGCUCAAAAGUGAUGGCAAGACUUGUGAAGACAUUGAAGGAUGCCACAAUAACAAUGGCGGCUGCAGCCAUUCUUGCCUUGGGUCUGAGAAUACCUAUCAGUGUGAAUGUCCCCGGGGCUUGGUGCUGUCUGAGGAUAACCACACCUGCCAAGUCCCCGUGUUGUGCAGGUCGAACACCAUCGAAGUGAGCAUCCCCAGGGACCUGGUUGGCGGUCUGGAGCUCUUCCUGACCAACACCUCCUGCCGAGGAGUGUCCAAUGGCACCCACGUCAACAUCCUCUUCUCCCUCAAGACGUGUGGCACAGUGGUCGAUGUGGUGAAUGACAAGAUCGUGGCUAGCAACCUUGUGACAGGUCUACCCAAGCAGACCCCAGGGAGCAGCGGGGACAUCAUCAUCCGAACCAGCAAACUGCUGAUCCCAGUGACCUGCGAGUUUCCGCGCCUCUACACCAUUUCUGAAGGAUACGUUCCCAACCUUCGAAACACCCCACUGGAAAUCAUGAGCCGCAGUCAUGGAAUCUUCCCGUUCACUCUGGAGAUCUUCAAGGACAAUGAGUUUGAUGAGCCUUACCGGGAAGCUCUGCCCACGCUUAAGCUUCGAGACUCCCUCUACUUUGGCAUUGAGCCCCUGGUGCAUGUGAAUGGCUUGGAAAGCCUGGUGGAGAGCUGCUUUGCCACCCCCACGUCCAAGAUCGAUGAGAUCCUGAAGUACUACCUUAUCCGGGACGGCUGUGUUUCAGAUGACUCGGUAAAGCAGUACACAUCCCGGGAUCACCUCGCAAAGCACUUCCAGGUCCCUGUCUUCAAGUUUGUGGGCAAAGACCACAGGGAAGUGUUUCUGCACUGCCGGGUCCUUGUCUGUGGAAUGCUGGACGAGCGGUCCCGCUGUGCCCAGGGCUGCCACCGGCGAAUGCGCCGUCAGGCAGUAGAGGGAGAGGACACAGCUGGUCCACAGAGCCAGAUGCUGACGGGCGGCCCGAUCAGCAUUGACUGGGAGGACUAGGAUGACCCAACACCUGAGUCCUGACUUCGGGCUGCCGGCCUGUUUGGAACUUCCCACACCCUCUGAGAACAUCAGUCAACACCCUAGAACACCGUGCUUCUUUAAAUCUCCUACUGUGGGUUUAGACAAACUCCCAGAACCAAGUCACUCUGAUUCCAGCCCACUGGGUCGGGAAAGGUCACCUCACUGCUGACUGACCCGACCCAGGUGGGGCUUUAUCCUCCUAAAGUUGGAAGCUAUGCUGUCCACGCAGAAAGCUGCUCACCCUAUUCCCCUCAUUUCUUUCCUACAGUAAAACACCUAGUGUAGGGUGCAGUAGGACCACUAAAAUCAGAAGUUGGGUAUAAUAUUUCAAAUGAGGAACUUAAAAUAACUUAAAUGGUUGCUUGAAAUUAUGACUUAAUUACCCAAUGAUUCCUUAAAUAUGUAAAUAAUAUUAUACCCUGAAAUUUUAAUUCAAAUACAGAAUAGUUAUAGGGGAUUUGGGAGUUUAUCAAUAUAAGUGUGUACUAAAAUAUACUAUUUGGUUUUUCUCUUGCACGAUAUUUUCUUUUGAUGUUUUUAUAUUAAGUGAAAUAUUUUCAAUUAAUAAAUGUUAAUUCAUUAACAUGCA